UUCACCAAGCAAACAUAGUGGAGUUUAUCCGAAAGAUCGCUGAAAACAUUGUAAAUCGAAAGCCAUAUUUGCAUGCUCUCCGACUUUUUAACGUUUUAAAUAUGUCAGGAAAGUUUAAGCCAAACGAAGGCGAUUGGAUUUGCCCAGAACCAAAAUGCGGAAAUGUGAACUUUGCAAGAAGAGGACAGUGUAAUAAAUGUGGAAAAGAUCGCAAGGAAGGGAUAGUGUACAAAAAGGGUGGCACUGAGAUUGGUAAAAAUCUUGCAGAGAAAAGUAAAGGUCUCUUCAGUGCUGAUGAUUGGCAGUGCAAAACGUGUGGUAACGUGAACUGGGCACGACGUAUGACCUGUAACAUGUGCAGCACGCCCAAGUAUGGCAAGCAAGAGCAGCGAACGGGGCUGGGCGGUGGGUACAUGGAGCGAGAUGAGGUGGUCGAGUAUAAGGAGAGGGAAAACUCAGACGAUGAGUAUGAUGAGUUUGGAAGAAAAAAGAAGAAAGGUCAGGUUCAGGGUCGAACAAGUUCCACUGAAAUGAGGCAGCAGUCAGAUGAUCAGGAUGAGGCAGAUGAUGAUGAGAAUGGAAAGAGGGAGGAGGAGGAGGAAGAAGAAGAGGAGGAAGAGGGGGAUGCAUCUGCUUACAAGCUGGACUCUGAUGAGCAGGAGGAAGAUGAUGACGAUGCUGACCUUGAUGCGUACAAACUUGAUGAAAGUGAUGAGGAGAAGGACAAGGACAAGUCUGGCAGUAAAAGGUCAAGGUCAUCCAGCUCUAGUUCCAGGUCAUCGAGCAGUUCAAGUGGAAGUUCAAGUUCAUCAUCGAGGUCAAAGUCUGGGUCAAGAUCACGUUCUCCAGAUAGGAAGAGGUCGAAACGCUCUCGGUCUAGGUCCAGGUCGAGUUCAAGCCGCGGGUCUUCAAGUUCUAGCUCAAGCUCGAAGGACAAAACACGGUCGCCUCGGUCAAGGUUUGAUAGAUAACAACUGGUGAAAUUGUGACUUAAAAAAGCAUUCCAACAUUUCAAAAUUUGUUCGUUUCACCAAAAUUGACAAACUGUUUGCACUGUUAAGUGUUAUUGAUCCUUGUUUGUCAUCAUAAAUAUUACUAUGGAAAAUUAGUUUAUUCACCAAUAUAUUUAAAAUCAAUAAAAAGACUUAAAAUUAAAGUCAAAGUCUUCCCCCAAACAUCUUUACAAUUAUUAUCAGUAAUAUUCUCUGUGCACUGUUCAAUGUUCUUGACCCAGGUUGGUCAACAUUAAUAUUUCAAUCAAACAUUAUACUUGUAAUGAAUUUCUGUCACCAGUAAAUUUUUAAUCAAUAAAAAGAAUCAGAUUUAUAUAUAAUGUCUCAUUAUUUUCCGAAACAUCUUUGCAAUUAUAAUCAGUUAUGUAAUUCUGUUUCAGAAAUCUGCUUUCAUUUUGUACUAAUUGAAUGUGGAUAAAUGCACCAGUGUUGUUUUUUCAGGUCCUAAGCAGGCAUCUUCUUUGGGAGCUUCAAGAUUAAACCUGUGUUUUCAAUCAUGAAGUGAAAUCAAUGAACUUUUUAUUUGCAAAUGUUUCACAUCAUUUGUUCAUUUAAUGAUUAUGUUUUGUGUCGUUUUGUAUUUAUUACAUAACUUUGUCAGUUAGGUUACUGUUUACAGUACAUGUCUUCUAGAAUAUCAAUUGCUUGAAAUUAAUACAAUGUGUUAAAUUACUAAUAAUGUUGUACCAAUAGUACCAAUUGUAAUACCUAUUUGAAUAUUUUAUACAAAUCCUAACUAAAGGUAAGUAUUUUAGCUUGAUGACGGUUAAAUGCGUUUGAUAAAAGGAUGUUUGCAAGUAUCAUACAUGGUUUUAACAAAAAGGUGCAUGAUAAUUUGUUACAGAAUUAUUGUUCUUGACUACGUUAAUGCAAUUUGUUAUUGCCUAUAUUUAAUAUUUGGUAUUGAAUUCCAUUUGAUGGAUUUAAAUUAUUUUCCUGUUUAAAUGGUUACUUAUUUUUACAACUGUACAAGCGAGUAAAAUUGUACAUGUAUUUACUACGUUAAUGAACCUGGCUCUGGGUAACCAGGUUUUUGCAUGUGCAUUAAGUGUUGUUCCAGAUUUCUCUGUGAAGUGUUGUCCCAGAUUUCUCUGUGAAGUGUUGUCCCAGAUUUCUCUGUGAAGUGUUGUCCCAGAUUUCUCUGUGAAGUCUGCACAGGCUAAUCAGGCACUUUCAGUUUUUUUGUAUUUUUUGUUUAAAACAAGUCUUAUAUCAAAAACCAAUUUAGGCAAAAAAAUGACGUUCAUGAUUAGCAGAUGCGAAAUGCACAGGCUAAUAUGGUACGACACUUGACACACAUGCUUGAAAACCGGUUUACUCAAAGUGACGCUCUUUUUAAAUCUGUCAGAAUUCAAUGUUCGCCUAUUAAGCAUGUAGAACCCCUUCAGUUCUUUCCUUUCUGUGUAUAUGUUCUAUAACAUGUGCGGAUUAUGAUAAUGCAUUUCCAUAGCACUUGGUCGAAUAGGAUAAUGUUCUGUCAGAAAUAAAUAAUUCAUUUACAUUGA